AUGAGGCCUGUGAGUGGCUCCCUCUCGGGGAAGGUGGUUUUGCCAUGCCACUUCUCCAAUAUGCCCACAGCCAAGCCCUCCAUCAACGCCAACGGCACAGUAACCCCCACCAGCACAGACUACCUGCGCAUCAAAUGGACCAAAAUGAAUGGGGAAAAGGAAUCCACAGUGCUGGUGGCCCAAAAUGGCGUCAUUAAGAUAGGCCCCAUCUACAGAAACCGUGUGUCGGUGCCCAGCCACCCAGAGGAUGUGGGGGAUUCUUCUCUGACCAUGGUGAAGCUCCGAGCCAGCGACGCCGGCACCUACCGCUGCGAGGUCAUGUAUGGUAUCGAGGACACGCAGGACAUGGUCAACCUCGACGUCAAGGGUGUUGUGUUUCACUACCGGGCAAGCACCAGCAGGUACAACAUGAACUACAAGAGUGCUGUCCAGGCCUGCCAAACCAUAGGAGCCUCCAUCGCCACGCUUGACCAGCUUAAAUCAGCCUAUGAUGACGGCUUUGACCAAUGUGACGCAGGCUGGAUCGCAGAUCUGUCAGUUAGAUACCCAAUCACCAGACCUAGACCUGGCUGCUAUGGCAACCUGCAGAGGAAGGCUGGGGUGAGGACGUAUGGAGCCAGGAAGGCCACAGAGACCUAUGAUGUCUACUGUUAUGUGGACAAGCUAGAUGGUGAGGUGUACUAUGCACCUGUGACCCGUAAGAUGACGUUUGAGGAGGCAAAGAAGGAGUGUGAGAACAGGAACACCGUCCUGGCGUCGCCGGGUCAGCUCCACUCCGCCUGGAGACAGGGUCUGGACAGAUGUGACUACGGCUGGCUCUCCGACGGUAGCGCUCGCCAUCCCGUCGCCGUACCCAGAAUGCAGUGUGGUGGAGGUCUACUGGGCGUCAGGACCAUGUACCGCUACAGGAACCAGACUGGCUUCCCAGAACCCUCCACCCAGCUGGGAGCCUACUGCUUUACAGGCAUCCACUCCUGCACUGAGAACAUUUGUCUGAAUGGGGGCUCUUGCUACAGACGCGGAAGUCUCCCCUCUUGCAGCUGUGCCCCUGGCUACAGUGGAGAUCGUUGUGAAACAGACAUUGAUGAAUGUCAGUCCAACCCCUGUCACAACGGAGCUACAUGCGUCGACGGCCUGAAUUCCUUCACCUGUGUUUGCCUCUCAAGCUACGCUGGAUUCUAUUGUGAAGAAGACACUGAGACGUGUGACUAUGGCUGGCACAAGUUCCAGGGCCACUGCUACAAGUACAUCCCCCAGAGGAGGAACUGGGACACAGCGGAGAGAGAGUGCCGGGUACAGGGGGCACACCUGGCCAGCAUCCUCUCCCAUGAUGAGCAGCAGUUUGUCAACCGCCUUGGACAGGACUACCAGUGGAUCGGCUUGAACGAUAAGAUGUACGAGAAUGACUUCCGCUGGACUGACAGCACGCCCAUGCAAUAUGACAACUGGCGUCCCAACCAGCCAGACAGUUUCUUCUCAUCUGGAGAGGACUGUGUGGUGAUGAUCUGGCACGAGGACGGCCAGUGGAAUGACGUGCCCUGCAACUACCAUCUCACCUUCACCUGCAAGAAAGGCACAGUGGACUGUAACCAGCCCCCUCUGGUACAGAACGCUCGUACCUUCGGCAGGAAGAGGUCACGCUAUGAGAUCAACGCACUAGUGAGGUACCAGUGUAGGGACGGUUUCAUCCAGAGGCACGUGCCAACCAUCCGUUGCCGUGAAGACGGCCGAUGGGACAUCCCCAAAAUCGCCUGCAUGAGUCCAUCAAACUUCCAGAGGGACUUUGCGAGGAGGCAGAGUUACAGUCUGUUCAGUAGCAACAAAUACAAGCGGCGGUCCGACGAGGCGGCGGCCCGACAUCAUCCUCACCAUCGAGGAAGGAGAGAGGAGAGGCAGAAGACAAGCAGAAGACAAUGA